AUGCAUUGCCGGUCGCCUUCACUUCCCCCACCCUCGCCUUCACUCCCCCACUACCGUCGCCUGCAUUUCCCCCUCCCGUCGCCUUCACUUCUUCCUCCUGUCGCCUUCACUUCCCCACCCCACCCCCCCCCCGUUGCCUUCAUUUCCCCCUUCUGUCGCCUUCACUUCCCCCUCCCGUCGCCUUCAUUUCCCCCUCCCGUCGCCUUCGUUUCCCCCUCCCGUCGCCUUCACUUCUUCCUCCUGUCGCCUCCACUUCCCCACCCCACCCCCCCCCCGUUGCCUUCAUUUCCCCCUUCCGUCGCCUUGACUUCCCCCUCCCGUCGCCUUCAUUUCCCCCUCCCGUCGCCUUCAUUUCCCCCUCCCGACGCCUUCAUUUCCCCCUCCUAUCGCCUUCAUUUCCCCUUCCCGUCGCCUUCAUUUCCCCCUCCUGUCGCCUUCAUUUCCCCCUCCCGUCGCCGUCACUUCCCCCUCCCGCUGCCUUCAUUUCCCCCUCCCGUUGCCUUUAUUUCCCCCUCCCGUCGCCUUCAUUUCCCCCUCCCGCCGCCUUCACUUCCCCUUCCCGUCGCCUUCAUUUCCCCCUCCCGUCGCCUUCAUUUCCCCCUCCCGCCGCCUUCAUUUCCCCCUACCGUCGCCUUCAUUUCCCCUUCCCGUCGCCUUCAUUUCCCCCUCCCAUCCCUCCGCCCUCACAUCCCAUCCCUCCGCCCUCACAUCCCAUCCCUCCGCCCUCACAUCCCAUCCCUCCGCCCUCACAUUCCAUCACUCUGCUCUCGGUGUACGCUGUCUGCAGUGCAUCAUUGUGAUGAUCCCGAUAGUUGA